UUGUGUGUGUGCAUAAUUUUUCGCUAUAUCUAAAUUCCAUUUUAUGUGCGCCCGUUUAUAUACUUUAAAAAUAUCCCACAACCAGGGGAAAUAUUUUUAGGCACUUACGUAAGCGUGUUCAGCGUCCAGCGAUUUGUGUUUUCUAUCUGCCGCGAAGCAUUUUAUUUUUACCAGGCAGUCUACGCGCGCGUAUGUAAGUAAUUCAAUAUAGGCGAACUGCUGUUCAAAAUGUUGUAACUAAGCGCGGCUAAUCGAUAGGCGAUAAGCGAUCAUCGAUCGACGAUAGGCAGCUCUGGGCCAGGGCUGCCAGAUGGUCAGACCAGGCUUGAUCAGCUGUUGCUCGUUGUGAAUGGCAAACACAAUUUGCGCGCUUUUUUAACUGUGACUGCCAGCGAAGAAUUUCAACGCACGCUGUGGCUUAAUUAACUAGUAUUUAAUAGUAACUAACUGCUGAGCAAUAAACCACACUAAAGCAUGGCUGCUGUACGCCGCUCCACGCGUCUGAGUAGCAUCAGCAAGUCAGCCGCCGCCUCUCCGCUGCCGCAGUCGACGCAGACGCCGCGUCGCUCGGAAGUUUGGAAACGCAGGCAGCCGAAAAAAGUGCUUGCCGAUAGCGACGAGGAGGAGGAGGUGGAGGUGGUUACGGCGAUCUAUGACCUGACCAGCACCGUUUCAGAGAACAACGAGAACCGCAACGUGCUCAACAAAAUGGACAAGAUACCCAGGCGCAGGAACUCGCAGGUGCAGGUGGCUCAAGUGGAGCACCCAAAGACGCCACGCAGCACAAAGAAAACAGCCCAAUCAGCUGGCAGUUCGCGGGCCAAACGAAUGCAGGAGAACCGCGAGGCCACCGCUAGAUUCUUGGAAAGCGAACAGGAUCUCGAAGAGGUGGACCCGCUUCAUGGAUCGCCGCCCAAGCAGAGGAAGCUGCAGCCACUGCCACAACACCUGAUCAGUCCUUCGCGGCUGUUGGACAGGCUCAGCAUCGACGAGCGCCAGGAGGAAGAGGAGGUGGAGGCACCGAUACACAAGACUGACAAGGCUGAGCAGCAGCAGAAACAUGUGGCCAAGGACCAGCCAAAGCCACGACCAAAACAGCUGGAGGACCCAUUAGCACUAAAGCAGCUGGAGAAACCGGCAACUAAACAGCAGGAGAAACUUCCAUCAAAGCAGCAGGAGAAACUUCCAUCAAAGCAGCAGGAGAAGCCUGCAACAAAGCAGCAGGAGAAACCUGCAACUAAGCAGCAGGAGAAGCCUGCAACAAAGCAGCAGAAUAAAACCCAAAUCAAAGAGCAAAACCAAUCCGAAACCAAUGAGGAAACCCUCCAGAAUAGCCAGCCCUCUCCCUCCCGCAACAAAUACCAAAACGCCAGACGAGUGCUCAACAGCGCCGAGACGCAAAACCUGCCAGGACGUGAGUCGCAGCUUCAAGAGCUCCGUGAAUUCUUCAGCAGUCACCUGGAAAGUCAGACAUCCGGCAGCCUCUAUGUCUCCGGGCAGCCAGGAACAGGAAAGACCGCCUGCCUAUCGCUGCUGCUAAGAGAUCCCGACUUCUCCAAGCGUCUGCAACGUGUGUACAUCAACUGCACCAGCAUAGCCAGUGUGGGAGCAGUAUACAAGAAGCUAUGCACCGAACUGCAGCUCAAAGUCAGCGGUCGCACAGAAAGAGAUCACUUGGAGGCCAUACAGCGUCACCUGAAGACGGCCAAGCGAAUGCUCUUGCUUGUGCUGGACGAGAUCGAUCAGCUGUGCACCAGCAGGCAGGAGGUGUUGUACACAAUCUUCGAGUGGCCAGCUCUUCCCAGCUCUAGGAUACUGCUCGUGGGCAUUGCCAAUAGUUUGGAUCUCACAGAUCGUGCGCUAAUGCGCCUGAAUGCCAGGUGCGAACUAAAGCCCAGACUGAUGCACUUUCCGCCCUACUCCAAGCAGCAGAUCGUGGAGAUAUUCAAGUCGCGUCUCGCUGAGGCGGAGGUGCUGGACGUCUUUCCACCCGUCACCCUGCAGCUGCUGGCCGCCAAGGUGAGUGCGAUCAGCGGAGAUGUGCGUAGGGCCCUGGACAUUGGACGACGGGUAGUCGAGAUAGCCGAGCAGCAGAAGCGCGAUGGCGAAAAGGAGUUCAAUAUGAAGGCCCUGCAGCUGGAGGGCAAGGAUGCGGAGGAGGCCAGGGAAAAGCAAGACACUCUGAAGCCCGUUCAGGUCACCCAAGUGGCAGCAGUGCUGAACAAGGUCUACGGAGCCUCACAGAAUCUGGAGGAGGACAUCGAGGCAUCCUUCCCGCUGCAGCAGAAGCUGAUGCUGUGCACCCUGGUGCUGAUGCUGCGCAACGAGCGCAACAAGGACAUCAGCAUGGGUCGCCUGCACGAGGUCUACAGAAGAGUGUGUGCCAAACGCAACAUCCUGGCCCUGGACCAAGCGGAGUUCACUGGCACUGUGGACCUGGUCGAGACGCGUGGCAUUCUGCGGAUCAUGCGCAAGAAGGAGCCGCGCCUGCACAAGGUUCUGCUGCAGUGGGACGAGGAGGAGGUGCAUGCGGCCCUCAGCGACAAACAGCUGAUCGCCUCGAUCCUCAGCGACACUGGCUGCCUAAGCAAGUGACAAGAUCUGGACGAUUACCUCUAGGAAAUUGGUGUGCUCGACCAACUGCUGGGUUAAUUGCGCAUUUUUCUCAUUUUCAUUCACCUUGGGAACGAACGUAUAUGUAUAAGAAUACUUUUUUGACGCUAAUUUUAAAAUUCGUGGCUGGCGCAAGCAGUGAAAUAUUUUGAAAUAUCAUUUGACGGUCACUUUCGACAUUUUCUGCUAUUUUCUGACUAUUAAUUCAAUCGAAUCUUCAAGACUUUGUGUGUGUGUCAUAAAUUUAAGUAAAUGUUGCGCCCAUAAUCUAUUUCUAAUCCGAUCCGUUGACCAAUAAGUUAUAGAGAAUCCCCUUCCUGUUAGCCCUAAGCAAAUAAUAAUAAACUGAAUAGUCCCGCAAUACACAAAACGCAAAA